AGUAAAAGUGGGUGUGGACCCCCGGAAUCUGAGUCCGACGUUAGCCUUGCCAAAAUGUCCCCGCGGGGUCGUCAUAUAGAUAAAUUUCCACUCCGGCCUCGCCCACCAUUACCAUUCAUUCCCUCUUCAAUUCUUUCUUUCUUUCUCCUCCCUCGCCCAUCUAUUACCAUGCCAUCUCAAGCAAACAUGGUAAAACUGACUGCCAACCCUGAAAGACGGGUCUUGCCAAAUUCUGCGCCUGUCACUCCCGCAGAAAUCUCGCGCGGACCAACUCCCAAUGGGGUGUUGGGAGGCAAAGUGAAGAGUGAUGAGUCCAGCAAGAGACGCCGCCGUCGCAAGGCCAGGAAACGCCGCAACAGUAUCGGCAAGGCCCCGAGAGAUCCCAGAGAUGCCGUGUCGCCACCUGAGGAGCUCGAAUCCGAGACCAGGUCCCCAAGUCCGGGCAUUGAUUUUGAGGGAUUGAGCAAGCCGAGUAUUGGAACGGUGACACGCUUGGAGGAAUCACCGGAUAAGGCAUUGGAGCGCCAGGCAAAGAUUGCUGGUGCCGUCCGUACUAUUCUUGAGUGCAUCGGUGAGGACCCGAACCGCGAGGGCCUACUCGGGACACCGGAUCGAUAUGCGAAGGCCAUGCUGUUCUUCACGAAGGGGUACCAGGAGAACAUCAAGACGAUUGUCAAUGAUGCCGUUUUCAACGAGGGCCACAACGAGUUUGUCAUUGUCAAGGACAUUGAAGUCUUCUCUCUCUGCGAGCAUCACCUGGUACCUUUCACAGGCAAGAUGCACAUUGGCUAUAUUCCAGAUAGAGACGUUAUUGGGAUUUCGAAGCUCCCCCGCAUCGCCGACAUGUUCUCCCGCAGACUACAAGUCCAAGAGCGCUUGACCAAGGACGUCGCUCACGCAAUUAUGGACAUCUUGAAGCCACAAGGUGUGGCGGUAGUGAUGGAAAGCAGCCAUUUAUGCAUGGUUAUGAGAGGCGUCGAGAAGACCUCCGCGACUACAAUUACCAGCUGCGUCCUCGGCUGCGUCGAGAAGCGCGAGAAGACGAGGAAUGAGUUCUUCAGCCUCCUCGGCCUGAACAGGCGGUGAUAUGUUCUUCAUCGGAGGGCGGGGGGACAUUUUUUGGUAUCAGCAUGUUGGAAUUGGUGGAUGUCUGAAAAUCUCGGGCUAUUACUUUGCGGGCGUUUUAGGAUUACGAGUGUUUGCGGUCUUCAACACCUAGCACAGGAGCGGCGUUUCUUGGUCUUAACGCCAUACAUUGCGUUGUCUUCGGCACAGAAUGUGUAUUUACAUGGAGGCAUAGUGUGGAUAGGUCGGCAGUAUAGACGGCUUGUCACAAAUGUUCACAAUUGCAAUUUGUUGCACAUCAUCGAAU